GGCCAGCCUGGCGAUGAAAAUUGAGGUGCCUAAUUUCCUGACCUCUUUAGGAUCAGUGGCACAAGAUCCCAGGUGCUUCUAUGCAAGAUUUAGACAACGAAUCCUAUCAUUCUAUGCAAUUUGCAGCUAAUCUCCUAUAUUUCAAUGUGUAUGUCAAGCACUGAAGCCAUCAUUCUGUUGAUGCUGCUCUUAGGCCCAUGAAAAAUGGCUAAUGAAAAUUGAUGUGAUUAUGGUAGAAAAAUAGGUUGUGAUUGGCAUGGCCACUUCACAUACAGUUGGAUUGCACUUCAAUUCAGGAAGGGGGUCCAUGCAGAACAGAGCAAAAGGAGAAAAAGGUGCAGACCCUAGUCAUGUACUUUGACAAUUGGAUUAUACCUCCCAAGAAAUUGACUCCUAAUUUAAACUAUACCCAUUCAAAUUAUGCCCCCAUAUGUUGUUGUUGUGGCCCCAUUACAUCCCAAGUCCACCGCUUCACAUUGUUAAUCAUCAUUACAUACUAUUCCUAAUUAUUUGUCCCUACCCAAAAAGUAACUUCAUUUUAUUAUCAUACUUUUGGGGCUUAGCGCCCUAACCUCAAUUUGAAAUCAAGCUAUGAACAGAGUGCAUUUUGGCCUAUUAUUUUGAAUUGCAGCCAAUCCGGGAGAUGAGAGUGCCGGAUUCUAUGGCUUUUGACUUGAGCCACCAAAGGGCAUUAUUGCAUUUGUAAGAAAUCAGGAGUAAAGAAUGUAAGUAUGCAUGUAUGAUGGGCUAAGUGCCAGUGUCCCACCCACCGUAAGGCCUUCUGUCUUCCAAAAAGGCCUAACUUUAUAAUGUUGUUUGUUGAUAAUCACAUUAUCACAUGAAGUGUCGAAGCUUGUUCAUCCACAUUUCACUAAAAGGAUUAUGCGCGGUCUGCCACCUUUUCAACCAUUCUAAUAAUAAUAAUAAUUACAAUGCGGUGGGGGAGAUAAAACGGCGUCGUUUUUGGGUCCUGAAACGACAUCGUUUUGGAGUUACCCACCAUCAGGGAGGCUGUAGCAACAUGGAUUUGUCCAUUUCAGAGAUGUUGUUACUGUAACUGUCAAGAAUAUACGCCUCAGAACCCCAAGAACCCCACAUUCUCUAUAUUCAAUCCUCCAUCACCAGCUUUCCUUUCUUUGUUUCAAAUCUCAGCUGGCUACGCCCCGUCUCUCUGUAAAUAGCUUUUCCAAGAGGGAUAGAGAUAGAGAAGAGGAAAUGGAGGGAGCAGAAAGGCAGGGAAGGUGGAAGAAUCUGAAGCAACGGCUGAGAUUUAAGGGCAUUGGGUGUUGUGGGAGUUCGUGGAGUUACAAUGCCUCCAGCAUGAGCAUUUUAGAAGAAAUCCACCAUGAAGAAGAAGAAGAAUUGAUCAUCGGCGUGCGUCCGAUUCCGGCCACCAACCGCCGAAGUUCAGCUUACGUGAGUCAGAUUCCGGCAGCGUCGGGAAUGAACUUAGCGUCGGCGUUAGCUGCGGAGCGUAACUCGCGGACUGUGGGUCCCACCACAGCCGCUGCGACUGCAGUGCCUCUGAAGACGUUGAUGAGACUGAUUGAAGAAACGGACGGUGUAGAUUUGAUGAAGAAUAGAGACAAAGAGGGAGGAGGCGAUGGUGUGUGCUGCGUGUGCAUGGAGAGGAAUAAAGGCGCGGCUUUUAUCCCAUGUGGGCACACCUUCUGCAGGGUUUGUUCCAGGGAGUUGUGGCUUAAUCGAGGGUGCUGUCCUAUUUGCAACCGUUCGAUUCUCGAGAUUCUUGAUAUCUUUUAGAUCAUUUUGUGUUGGAUUCAUGAAACAUUCUUUGAUCGGAAAGGCGUAAAAAACGGCCGAGAUGGGCCGGGAGGAAGAAGGUGAGCCGUCCGAUUUAUUUGAAUAUGGAACCGAAGAGGAACAUUGCUGUAUUACAUGAGUUUUGGGUCAAAAUGGCCCUUUGCUAUAAAAAAAUAUUGCAUGUAACCUUUUUUCUAA